UCCAAUUCGGGUCGUAAUCCAAAUCCAUUUAAAAGCAAAACCCUAAUUUCAUCUUCCUUUCUCCAUAAACCCUAAUUUCAUCUUCUUCUCAGUUUUGUGUGUUUCUCCCUCGCGGCGGAAGACAAAACAAAAAAGAUGCCGAAACGGAGUAAAAAGAGCAAGAGCAAGAGGGUGCCCUUGAAGCAGAAGCAUAAGGUCAUAAGAAAGGUGAAGGAGCACCACAAGAAGAAGGCAAAGGAAGCCAAGAAGCUCGGCCAUAACCGUAAGCCCAGAGCAGAGAAAGACCCAGGUAUCCCCAACGACUGGCCUUUCAAGGAACAAGAGCUCAAGGCUCUUGAAGCUCGACGUGCACGCGCUCUCGAGGAGAUUGAGCAGAAGAAAGUCGACCGCAAAGAAAGGGCCAAAAAGAGGAAGCUUGGUUUGGUUGUGGAUGAGGAUAGCAAGACAGAAGAAGGGUUUAGAGAGGGGAAGAGUGGAGGAGAGGUCAAUGUUCGUGAUAACUCGGAGAGUGCUUUCCUCAAGGAGCUUAAAAAAGUCAUUGAAUUGUCUGAUGUUAUUCUGGAGGUUCUUGAUGCACGUGAUCCCCUUGGCACGCGUUGUACCAGCCUGGAGGAGAUGGUGGCGAGAGCUGGUCCCAAUAAGCACCGCGUGUUGAUUCUGAACAAGAUUGAUCUUGUUCCUAGAGAAGCUGCUGAGAAAUGGCUUAAGUACCUCAGGGAAGAAUCUCCAGCUGUUGCCUUCAAAUGUAGCACUCAAGAACAGAGAUCAAACUUGGGGUGGAAAACAUCAAAGGCAUCUUCAAAACCAAGCAGUAUUUUGCAGACGAGUGAUUGUCUUGGAGCAGACACUCUGAUCAAAUUGCUGAAAAACUACUCGAGAAGUCAUGAGUUGAAAAAAUCUAUAACGGUUGGUAUCAUCGGACUGCCUAAUGUAGGGAAGAGUAGUCUUAUCAACAGUUUGAAGCGAGCUCAUGUUGCCAACGUCGGUGCCACCCCUGGACUGACUAGGUCUCUGCAAGAGGUUCACUUGGACAAAAACGUGAAGCUGUUGGAUUGUCCUGGAGUUGCGAUACUCAAGUCUUCAGGGAAUGAUGCUUCUAUAGCUCUCCGGAACUGUAAAAAGAUCGAGAAGCUGGAAGAUCCAGUUAGUCCAGUGAAAGAGAUCCUCAAGCUUUGCUCAACACAAAUGCUUGUGACUCUGUACAAGAUCUCAAGCUUCGAGGGAGUUGAUGAUUUUCUUUACAAAGUCGCCACCGUAAGGGGCAAGCUUAAGAAGGGUGGUCUAGUGGAUAUCGAAGCUGCUGCGAGGAUUGUUUUACAUGACUGGAAUGAAGGUAAGAUUCCGUUCUAUACAAUGCCGCCAAAGAGGGAGCAAGGUGAACACGCAGAGUCAAAGAUUGUGAACGAGUUGGCUAAGGAGUUCAACAUCGAUGAGGUUUACAGUGGUGAAUCCUCUUUCAUCGGGAGUUUGAAGACUGUUAACGAGUUCAACCCUGUUGAGAUUCCUUCGAAUACUCCUCUCACUUUCGAUGAAACUAUGGUCGAGGAUGAGUCUAAGACUCAGACCGAAGAAGAGGAGGCUGGCAUUGACAGUGAUGAUGAUGAGUCUAUGGGAGGGGAAGAGGAGGAAGAAACAGGAAAGUCGAAAUCAGAGACUAUCAGGCAGAACAGGAAGCUAUACGCAGCCGAUAGCAUGCUGAAUACAAAAAUGCAGAAAGCAGAGAAGGAUAAGAGGAAGAAGGCUAAGAAAGCAUCAGGUGGUGAGGAUUCAACGGACGGGGAUUAUGAUUUCAAAGUAGAUUACGCGAAGCACAAAGGUGCAGACAUGGAGGAAGGAGACGGAAUCCAAAUUGAGGCUAAAGUACCAAUGGCUGAACUAGUUGAUGUGUCUGAAAAUAAAUGAACUCCUUAAAACAAGUCUUUUUUUAUAACAUUUAUGAUAAUUUAUUUUGGUAUCAA